AUGUUUAAUUGAUAUUAAUAUAGUUUAUUGUUUUCUGAAUUAAACAAAAAUCAUAUUUGAUGCUGUACAAAUUGAUUAUAGCUUGAAAUCAAUUUUUAAUACCAAAUCUCGAAAGGUUAUACGUGACGUCACUAUAAUGGUCAAUGUAUAGUAAUGGCGGCGGACACAGAAAAACAGUGGACUAUUCGCGAAGAUGGGUGUCUGAAUGUUGAUAUUAACACAAAUAAUAUUACCUACAACUCCUCUUUAAACUCUGUAAUUCUGUCAUGUAAAGAUCAUACCAUAACAGUUAUAGAUGCCCUUUCUGGUGCUUUUCUACAAAAAUCGGACCUCUCUGGUCACAAAUGUGAUGUUGUAAAGUGUGUUUAUUUAGCUGAAAAAGACAAGACUGUUUACUGUGAUGGUAGUGCAAUAGGUGUGAGAGGAGAUCUACAAGGAAUCUUACUUCUAGAUACAGCACUUCAGACUCCUAUAACUAAAUCUGAAGAUACUGUUAAGAUAGAGAUUCCAUUAGUUGAGGCAGUACAACUGAGGAAAACUUUAUUGUCAACUGACCUUAGCAACAAAGAAUAUAUAGAUGAUUUUACUAAGGAAUUAAAUCAUGGCAUUGAAAAAGCCCACGAUGCAACUCAAGGAAAUCACAAAACUGCCAAGUGGUCAACAGUUUGUCUACAAAUGCAGCAUGUGGCUAUCAAGUCAAUUUGCUCAGCUCUUAUGGAAGAACUCACAAAAACCAAUCAAACUGGUCAGGGUUUUCCAGUGGCAUCUGCUAUUGUGGAUAGGCUGGGAUUUUUGCUGCCUUUCAGCAGGGUAGAAAUCAUGAAGGAACCAGUCAACAGAUCAUUGAUGUACAGUGAGGCAGCAAGACGUGAGACUUUUGCCAACUGGCCACAUAUGAAUUACAAAUGGGCCCUUCCAGAGCCAAUGGCCCAAGCUGGGUUUUUUCACCACCCUAAUUUACAUGGAGAUGAUCGUGCAAUGUGCUUUACAUGCAAUGUUUGCCUUGUUUGUUGGGAGCCAACUGAUGAACCUUGGUCAGAACAUGAACGGCACUCACAGUCAUGUCCAUAUAUUAAAGGCGAUUAUACCCAGAAUGUACCUCUAACUGUUACAUAUGCCACACAACCAGCUCAGUUUCAUGGGGAUUCUCAACAGAAAAUUUCUUGUCUAAGUACAACAUUUAAUGAAGACUUUAUUGCUACAUCAACAAGAGAUGGGAACAUUGUUGUUUGGGACAUAAGUCAUAUUCUCAAGAAACAUUGCCAGCUUGAUAUUGAUCUUACAAAUACCCUAGUUGCUUUGAAGACAGGACUACAAAUAGAACGGGUACAAACACAUCAAAGUUCAGCUUCAGGGAAAGACAUGGAUGACAAAAAAUCAUCAGAUGAUGAGGUUGCAAAUGAUACUCUGCUCCAUGAGAAACACAAGGGAGAUAAUCAGACAACUAUUGGACCACACAGACCAUCCGAUGAUUUAUGUGUAACUUCAUUAUGUAUAGCUGAUGAAACAAAGUGGAAAGAUGAAUUAGCCUCUCCAAAUCCUUCCAAACCUUCUUCUGUAAAUGAUGCUCAACUUUCUCUUAUAUGUGGAGUGACACUUAGACAAACUAAAACUCUUCAGUCAGAGGAAGCCAAUUCACAUACAGAAGGCUGCUGUAGCAAUAUGACUGUGCAACUGAUGAAUGAAGUAAAUGAAGCUGUCAGUAGUGAGACAUCUAUAUCCAGACUUAUAACAGAUGGACAUUAUAAUACAGAAUUUUAUAUGCCUGAAAGUCAUUUAGUUCCAUAUAUUGUUGUUGUUUCAUUAAUUGAAGAGGCUCAUUCUUCAAGUCUGGCUAGCCCAUCUAAGAAAAAAGCAUCGCCAAGAAAUGGUAAACCAUCAACUAGCAAGGAAAAUCUCUCAGCUUCCUUCAACACAUUGGCAAACAACACAGAUGAAUGGGUGCUCAAUCCUUGGGAAGACACGCUAGAUUCAGACUGCCAGAUUGUAGGCUUUACCCCAGCUCCUGAAAAAAAUUCAGGUCCAUUCUCUAGUACAUUUUCAGUCAAUCUUCCACCAGAGGAGAAACAUAUAAAAAAUAUAAAUCAAUCUAGUUUACCGAAUGGACCUAGUAACCCCUGUGAUAGUGUUGAUGCAUUUCAAGAGCCUUACUCUUCUAUAAAAUCAUUUACUUUUGCAGAUUCUGAGCCCACAGGUUCAAUAAAAUUACAAGGAUUAUCCUCCUAUACAAGCUAUACCAGUGAUUCUAGUGCUGAUUCUUUCAUUAAUACUAAUAGCUCACAUAAAAAGGAAACGCCUAAAAUUUCAGGAACUGUCAUACAAUGUGUGGAAAUCCCUCUAUAUUUCCAGAAAGAGCAAAUAGAAGUUCAGUCCAUUUUGCCCUCUGUUGAUAAGCAACAUGUGAUAGUUAUUCUUUCUACAAAAACAAACUUCCUAGAAAUUUCAGGACUUAGUUACUCUGCUGAAACAAAUGUAUCAGCAUCAAGUAGGGCAAAUAGCUCUACAGACAGUUAUUGUGGUGGUGGCAUUCUUGUGUAUAAGUUGAAAAGUGAUAACAAUAGGAUUAUUCUUGAAGAUGAACCUUUGGUGGUUUAUAAAGUUAAUUGUCCCAAGGAUGUUAUCAAAAGUACUUUUUUGCUACCUAUGGAAGUAGAAGACCAGGCUGAUGAACAUAUAGAGAGAGGCCAUCCAUCCGACAAUCAGGGUAGUAGUAUUCCUCCUAAUGUUGCUGGUCAUAUUGUUAUCAUAACAGCCUCAGGAGCCAUUCAGAUCCUUUCAUUGAUAAACUUAACAAAAGUUGCUGAAUUAAGUCCAGGUCCAAGUGAAAAAUAUCUGUGUGCAACCUAUUGCUCAGGUAUUGAGCGUCUGUGUGCUUGUACUGACAGUGGUAAACUUCAGUUCUUUGAUCUAGACACUUUUAGUGAUAGAAAGAGUUCAUUGAGUAGCCUAGACCCCAUUGAUGGCGCUGAGACAAACAGGGAAGGAUCUGCAUGUAAAAAAGCCAAGUUUGAUGAAGAUGUAGUGGACCAUUUAGGAUCAGAUUACCUGACAAACCAGCCAUUGAAUGCAGAAAUAGUAACCCAGCUGCACAGCUUAAUCCAGUUUGAAAACCUGAUGCCCAGAUUUACAGCAGUUGUUCCACCUUGUUGGUCUGAAAUUCAACAAGAGCAACAGCAGAGACGUCACCCACAACAUUUACAGCAACAAGGGGAAUCUACUCAACACACACGCACAUGGAAGCUUAUAACUGAUGCAGGUCAAACAUGGGAUGAGCAUUUACUAGAGAUAUUACUUCCCAAACCUUGCUCUGUUGGCCAUGUAGAUGUCAAAUUUUCCUUGCACGCUUUAGGAUCCCUACAACCAAAUGUUGAGGUAACACUGCUGAAACAAAAUAUUGGAUCUAUAUUUUGUCCACCUGGCAGCUCAGAAGUCAGCCAUCCCAAAUCACUUUCUUCAUCAUUAAAUGGUCUCGGCCCUAAACAUACAACUGGUGAUGCAAGGACUGCUGAUGAAAUGGUUAACAAUGUACUAAACCCCAAAUUCCUUGAGAGUCACAAUGCUGAGGUUUUGUGUGGGCCCAUCAAGCUGGCCAAUUGCUUAGACUUGACUGGAACAGGUGGACUUGUUACUUUAGCAAGCCCACAGCUGCUAAAUGCUAAACCCAGAUCUUUACUUCUCCAUAUAAAAGGAUUUGAGAAUAGCCCAUUAUCUAGGCCUAUAGUGAUAAACAAAGAAAAAACAGAGAAAGACCAAACCACAAUGGACAAAAUGAUGAAAUCCAAAAAGAAAAUAAUAACUUCAAUGUACAAGAAUCUAAUGGCAGAUAACAAGCACAAGAAUAUCAAAGGACUUUUUGAUAGCUUUGCUCAGGCAGGUGUGGACAAGAGCUCUUCUCCUGCCAAACAAAAGCUUACUGAUGCUAAAGGGUGUGACUGGCUCCAAGAGAUUUCUGUCACUGUUCGUGUAUUUAAGAAGACUUCUAUUCGAACAGACAAGCUUCAACGUAGUUCCAUGAUACAAGAUACUAAUUUUCACAAGCGUCUGAUUAAACUUUUGGUCACAGCAUCUGGUGAUGGCAUUCUAGGUGUCAGCACUGAACAUAUGCAGAAUAUGGCAUUAGAAAUCCUUAUCUGGAUACUUUCAAUGCAAAGAAAUGAUGUUGAGAAAAGAGACAGUGAAAAGAUAUUGCUUGAAUCAAUUCAAAGUGAGCUGAAUGGAAUGGUCAAGUCUUGCUUUAUAGUUGGAUCACGUACUACAGCUCACAAAUUUUCAAGAUUAUUGGCACUUUGCAUGGAGUACACAAAGCUGUCUUCUGAUCCUGACCUUGCUCACACAUUCAACCACAGUUUAAUGCAAGCAUUGUUAGACUGCUUUCCUCUUUUACCCCUGUGUACAUCUAGUGGUGCUAUGCGCUGGUUCUUCACUCUACUGAACAGAGUAAAAUGCAUGGACAUGGAAACAGUAGCUGAGAAAUGCUGUGACUUAUUACUUUCUUUGUCUAAGCAGUAUAAUAGCAGAACACAGCAGCAGCAUGCCCUGCUUAAAACAAGGUAUGGACUGUAUGGAAAUCCAUUUGAAGCUGAACUGUUUGACAUGGAGCUAAGCAGUAUUACCAAACCUAACACAUCACCAGGUAGUGCAACACCAAACACUAUCUUCAGCAAUGUGAUUAAAUCAGCUGUUGGUGGGGCCACUGCAAGUAGCAACAAGGAACAACCUGAUUUGUUUGAUAUGUUGAUAUCACCACCAGAUAAGAAUGCAAAAAAUCAGCCUGAUUGUCUGCAAAGCGAUAUUUUAGGACUACUGGAAGUGGAACCACUUCACUUCAGAUGUCACGCCACAAGUGAUGGGACUCGUAUGGAAAGGAUGGAUGCCACAUCAACCACAUCUGGCCCAGCACCAUCAACCAGUGCUUUCAACUCUGGUCCAGCACACCUAAUCCCAUUUCAGACUUCUGGCCUGGUUGCUGAUGAGCCAAUGUUGCCUAUAUUGAAUGUUGACUAUGCUUCAUAUUUUGCAACAUCUGCUCCCAAGCUGUCUAACACACUAUCCCUUAUUGAUGAAAACAUCCUUAAGAAAAAAAACCUUGUGGCACCCUCAUCAAAGAUGUAUGGAGCAAAAAUUUUGAAUCCCCACAUUGUAAACACCACCCAACAACAACUACCACAGAAGCAAGGCCAACAACCACAGAAACCUGGCCCACAGAAACAAUUUGCAUUUCCUCAAAUACAAGGUCUUUUACAGGCUCCACCCCCUCAAGUGCUUGUCAUAGAAAGGAUGCAUUCAGGUGCAAGGCGAUUUGUUACUCUGGACUUUGGCAAACCCAUUGUCUUAACUGAUGUGAUAAUUCCCUCAAGUGUUGAUCUGGCCUCACUGUCUAUAGAUGUAUGGAUAGAAGGGGAGGAAAUUGAUGGACAAAGAUUGGUUGUAGCCUCUGAUAUCCGGGAUAGAACACUGGUUAUGAACAACAUAAUGCCAGCUCCUGUAUGCCGCUAUCUUAAGAUUACCACAGUUGGUAGAUACAGUGGUGGAACAACCAGGUCUCGUAUUCCUUUAGGAUCAUUUUAUGGCCAUACAUAUAUUCUUCCUUGGGAGUGGCCAAAUGCAAGCAUAACCAGUGCAAUAAGAAAUCAAGCAAGUUGUGGAUCUAAUCCAGCUGUACCUAACAUCUCAUCCUCCUCCUCAAAAGACACUCACCCACCUACUGCAGCCAAACAUUCAAACAGCUGUGACAUCGGCACUCCUCAUGCAGCUCUUUUGUCUCAGCUAGCCCUCUUCCUUUCUUUACUCGAGGAUCUGCAGUGCAGAUUUAAUCUAGCUAAGACACGUUUAGAAACCCACUUAAAAGUUAUCAGCAGUGCUCAGUUUCUCUCAUCCCAUAUUCAUUAUCAUCUAAAGAGGAGCAGCUCAGGAAAGUUAAGUGAAGAGGACGCCCAAAUAAUCCAGACAUACAACGAAUGUUUGCAGCUACAACUUCAGCUGAAUUUAGCCCAACGUGCAAUUCACAGACUUCAGACCUCUCUAGGUAUUUCAACAGAUGCUAUUGAUGAAACUGUUGACACUUCAGUACUCUUAGCCCAGGCUACUACAGACAAAUUACGGGUGAUACUAGAGAAUCUCUUAGACACAUUGUUGACUUCCACUGUGGGCAUACCAGCCAUCCCUCAGCCUUCAACUCUGUAUACUGCUUUAACACCUGACCAUGCUCAGGCCUUGUUUCAGCAUUUAUGUCUUCAUGGAACACAACGAAUCCAAGUUUCUGCUGGUCUCCUGCUAGUGAGGGUCUGUGGCACCCAACCUUGGUGGGGGCAGUUUUUAGGGAACAUGCUGCAGGAAUUUUUUCAUUCCCAGUAUUCCCAGAUAUUUCCACAAGACAGGGUAUUUAUUCUACUGUGUGCUUUAGGACAAAAGUCUCUGUCAGGCCCCAGUGCUCUCUAUAUUUUAGAUAGUCUUUUGUCAAUGUUGACCUCAGUGCUACAACCUCUUCUAACAACAGACAGAAACUAUGCAUCCCAUAGUAGCACUUCAAAUCAUAUGGAAAAACACCUUGACUUACCACUGAUAAGCUGGAUUCUACUUUUUUUGUGCCGCAACAUGGAAAACCCAAACUCAUCAAUGGCUCCCAAUACAGAUGAUGCAGAAAAGGGAGCUAAAAGGGAUAAGGAAGCAUUCAGCAUGAAUAACAGAUGGGGUUUUAUUGAAAGUCAGUGGUCAUCUACUUUGACUAGUGGAGCUAGAGGAAAAUCUCAACGUGUCUAUCGCAGAGGCUUUCAAAGAAAAGUUGCACAAUACAGACAGAAAAUGCAUGAAAUUGACAGAUUUAAGAAAUUGUUUGGGACUAAUAAAAAAAAUCCAACUUCAACAAAGUUCUUCAAAGGAGUAACAGAACAGAAGAAGUGUAGUGAUUUUGAUAAAGAUGAGGACAUGGAUACAAUCCAGUCAAUUAUUUUAUCAAGAGAGAGAUGUUUAGGUGUUGUGCGUGGCUUAAUGGCCUUAUUGCUGAGCAUGGACUUCACCUGCCAUGUAGAUCUGUUUCUUGUUGCAUGCAAGGUGCUGGCUAAAAUCUGUGUAGCCUGUAGACCAUCCAUAAAUCUGUGUGAGGUUAUGAGCCAGGAGCAGUUAGAGCAGCUGGUACUUUUGAUAGUUGACACAGAAUUCAACCAUGAUAACUUGAGCUGGGGGGGAGCUUGGGCUAGCCAUGCCAUCACAUGCUUACUUCAAGACAUCCUCGAAGGAGAGAAAACAUGUCCCUCCAGCCCUGAAGAUUCAGAAGCAGAUAUCUCAGACGUGGAUGACACAGUGCUGUACACACAGUGGCUAGAGCUAGAGGUUCCUUACCAUUUCAGUUUACAACUAAGAGGAAACAAGUUAAUCAGAGUUAUUCCAGUUGAGAAUGUCAGAGACCUCUUAGAAACCAAGCCACAGUUUUAUGAGUUUAUUAGAAAAGAUUUCCUUGAUGGUAAUAUUGUUCUUGGUGAAAAGGAGGACCCAGUUGCCUUGGUUUCAUUGUUUUUAAACAAAAGUGAUAAAGACAAAUUUAAGUGGAACAAAUUGUUGGAAUCAGUCAGUAAGCAUCAGGCCAAACUUCCAGUGGAUACAGAGAACCCUCCCUCAGCUCCUGCUGAGCUCCCUGAUUUCAUCAUGGAGGUAACUCCUGAAGGACCCACCUUCUCAUUGAAGAAAUUAUUAGAUGACAGCUUUGAAGAUGUUGAGCCACCAAGUAUAUCAACAAACAAUGCAGCUCAUAAUGUGAUCAAAAUAGUCCCUCCAAGCAUCCAACCUGGCACUAUAAAACAUCUCUUAGGUAUGAAGAACGCAUUAAAUGAACAAUAUGGAAUAGCAGCAGCACCUACAGUUAGUCAUACGCUUUCAACUGCUCUGGAUGCUCGACUUGAGUUUGGUCUAGAAACAAUGCCAGAACAUAGACUUAAGGUGAUGCAGUCUCUGCAGAUGAGCAACAUUCAGUGUGCAUUUACCUCUCCAUUGCCUCAGCCUCCUGUAUCAUUUAACACUUAUGAGCAAAUCAAUUUUGAUAUAACAGACACAGCUUCUGCAGAAAAUGUACCUUUCAGAUUUGACGACUUAACAACAACUUCAGUUGACAUGCUCAGCCAGUGUUUCGAGCGCAUGUUUGCACAGUUGAGAACAGGUCGUGUUAGCAUAGAAUCAGUGUUACAGCUGUGGCUCACCCUCAAUGAAGAUCCACAGCUGAAUGAUGUUGCUUCAACAGCCAACACGGCCAGCAAUGUGGCAUCCGCUCAAGUGUUUGAUGCUACCAGACAACCUGUUAUAGCUCUAAGUGAGAAUGCUGUUGCAAGUCUCAUAGAGGUUGCUGUAAUGAUGCCUUGUUUGCUUGUACGUACCUGGGUCUACUUACUCCAGUCCUUGUGUUUGCUCACUAACCAAAGGCACACCAGUUCUGGUGGCACAGAAACAUCAAUGGCACCAAAUGUUUUGAAUGAUCCAAAUUUAGCCCCUCUGUUGAGUAAAUUUCUAUCUAGUCACCCACCUGGUGGAGCCCAACAACAGCAAAUUGGACCUGCAGCUGUCAAAGUAUUUGCAGAUUUACUUCACAGAUUACAUUGUAAAUCUAUAGAAGUUAGUGGCCAGAGAUUCAAAGAGAUGUUGCUUAAAAUUGUUUAUAAUCUCACUGCUGAAAGGGGAGCAAUAUAUCAAUGCUGUGGCCCACUAGAUGCCCAAGUGCAGUUUUUAGAGAUGCUUGCAGAAAGUACUUUAGUAGCUGUAGACAUCAGUAAUGCACUCAGUGUUAUUCAAGCCGCAAGUACUUUGGUAUACCAGCAUUUGUCAUUACAAGACCAGGUUGUUUGUCGAACAAGCCAUGACACGUCCAUGGGAGCUCGAUCUUGUUUUGGAGGACUGGUAGCCUCUCUCCUGCGUGGCAGUGAUAGUAGACCUGGUGGAACAGAUUCUUUAAGAGAUCAACUCAUGUUUUUUCUAAUGCAGCUUGUCAAUAAAUUAAUAUUAUCACCAGGGGCAGGACUUCCAACUUCAAAAACCAAUUCAAAAGCCUCCACCUCAGAUUCCACUGUUUGGGAAUCAUCUCACAUCUCCUCUCCAAGAAAAAAUGCCUGGGCUGAUUCUAACAUAGAGCCUUACAGCCCAAGAUUACUGAUAAACAUUCGUCUUUCAGAUGAUGAAAAAUCUCGGACUUUGGGUCAGCAGUUGGGUGAAUCACAGGUGCAUCAGCACUUGCAAGAAGAUAGUGAAGAGGAUGUGAAUGAAAACUCACAUACAACAUCAGAGAUAGCUGACAUAGUUGUUGGCAACCAAGUGAUCAUGCAGAACCUGAUCCAGUCUCUAAGUCACUGCACCAGUAACAAACUGGCUCUCAUGUUUGCUCACACAGACUCUGUCAACAGCCUCCAGAAAACAGCAGAUCAAACAGAAGCUGUUACUGUUGGUGAUCUUAUAUAUACAGUAUUAAGAAAUCUAAAAGAGAAAUGCAGUGAUCGGAACAUCAUGGUAGAUAACUUGUUUAGGUUCUUUUCUGGACAGCCACCUAUUAUUUGUCAAGCAACCCUCACUCGACUGUCUGAGCCCUUGUUGUUUUUCACACUUAGAAUGCUCAAUACUUCAUCUGCAAUUAAAAGAUUUAUUGAUUUAGGUGGUGUCAAUGUUGUCAGUACCAACUUUGUACGCUGCAAUCAGCAAAUGAUCUCGUCAUCUCCUAGCAUAAUCUCAACCCUCAUGCAGAAUUUUAGUUCAGGACAUGGUGAUCUUGGGGAAAAAAGCAAAGGAUUUGAAAUUGACAACACUGAAGGGCUACAGAGUUUUGCACACUUAGGAACUAUUACCUGCAGCAGUCCAACAGCCAGUCCUGCUGAUGGGCUGAUUCAAAAUGUGGCCAACAGAAGAGCUCGGUCUGCCACAUGGUCUUACCAUUUUUAUCCAGAUGAGCCUUGUGUGGAGUUAACAAUACAUUUGCCAUUUGCUGUGCUACUUAAAUAUGUGCACAUUAGACCACAUGGUGCAGCCAUUUCCACCGCCUUCCCAUCACUUUCCAUAGCUUGUCCAUCUCAUGUAAGCUUGGAGUUGUCCCAUGAUGGUAACAUAGUCACUCCAGCCUCACCUCCCAUUCAGACAUCUAGCUUAGCUUUGAUAAGACUUCAGCUGCAGAAACCAGAGGUGGUUACAUCUGUUACAUUGCUGCUUCACCGGCCAUGGGAUUCAAUGACCUUAGGCUUACAGAAAAUAUCUUUAUGGGGACAAACAGCUUUUGCUGAGAACUCUGAAAAUUUGUUGUCAUUUUUGAAUGAAGACUCAUUUUCACAUUCCAGCCUUGGCUGGAUGCGUAUUCUCCACCACUGCCUCAUGAACUCAAGUGAGGACAUUCAAAGUACUGUGGCACACACAGCUGCUGUGACCCCCAAUCUGUUAGCAACUUGCACCUCCAUGCUGGUUCACCCUCUGAUUGGUGUACAUGCCCCCAAGAUAGAGACAAUUCUCAUUAAACUUGGGCUGUCUCACAAUAACAUUGGACUUUCACUGAUUGAUAUUAUUCUUAGACAACCAUCAAGAACUGGAGAGAUGGGACCCUUGCAUUCAUAUUUGGGUAAAAUUCAUGGAGCAGCAAGUCCAUAUACUGUAGAAAUAAUCUACAGGCUGGGAACAACUCAAGAUGAAAAUACCUGCUCCAGAGUAAAAGCUCUGCUCCAGUGGCUUGAAGACUGCUCUAUAGCUGCCAUCAGACAAGCUGAAAUGAAGGAACAAGAGGCAAUGAGCAGCACUACUGACUUGUUCAACAGUACCAGCCAGCGUGACAGGAGGCUGUCCUAUGAUACUUUAAGUAACCCUUCCCCAGAGCAUGUUCAGUGUGUAGCAGCCAUUUUGUGGAACAGCACUGAACAACAAGUUAACUACCCUAUCAACAGACUUGUUUCCAUUGAUUUUAUUAGAUCAUUAUUCAACUGGUCAAGAGUACUAGCAGACAGCAAUUUGAGGAAAGCUGUAAAUAACUUAUUGUGUUCAGCCUGCCACAUUUGUUCCAAUGGUUUCAUGUACAUCCAAGAGUGGAUGGGCAUUGUUGGCGCUGAUGGCUCACAGAUUGUUGCCACUGCUAUGGAUGAGACCAACACUGACAAUGUGGUAGAAAGAAAAGAAACCAGAGCAGGAAGAAUGACAGAUGACUCCAAAGAAGCUACCAGGAUGCCAUCUGUGACACAUUUGACCUACAGUACAGAUGGAAUGACUGAUGACUCCAAAGAGGCCUGUAGGCUUGAAAGUCUAAGUACAAUGAGUCUGGAUGAAAGUAAACUGAUGUUGCUUGCAACAGUUUGCAAAUCUCCAGUAGCAACAAGACAGCUUAUGAACUGUGGCCUUCCUGCCAUGCUGGCGCAGGCUGUCUGUGAAUUCUGUAACCAACAAAUGUUAUUGGCUGUGACCCCAAUAGUUCCAGAUUCAGCUGAGGCUAAUAAUGGCCUAAACAGUUACACACCUGGCAACACAGCUAAUGAACCAGCUAUUACAUCAUCAUUAGUCUCAGCCAUUCUGAGGUUUUUUACUGAGAUAAGUUCUGAGAUGGAAUUAAAGAAUUGGCUUGGUCAAGCUGAGGGUAAUGCAUUUUGGUCACUGCUACUUACUCUUCUUUGUGGCAGUCAGUAUCAGGCACCCAUUUUAAUGGCUCCUAGCAAUGAUCAUAAUGGGUUCUUAUCAUCUGAAGAAAGAUCAGAGCUUGAAAACAGAACAAUCCAGUUUUUUUCUGCUGUGAUUUCAUUUCAUCCAGAAAAUCAAUUGUUAUUUGCUAAAGUACUAUGUGAUGUGAUUAAAGAUCAAGGAACCAGUAAAACAGAAUUAUUAAGUGCAAUGCCUUUGUCUGGCUUCAUGCGGCGUUUAUUACUUCAAGUUCUUUUGGAAGAUGAAAAGAUUACAGUUUCUGUGCGCAACUUUAGUAGUAGUUUACUGUCUGAAGAUGAUGAUUCAACUGCCAGUGAAGGAGCAGAAAUUUUCCCACUGACUAGUUGUACUGGACAAAUAUAUCACCCACAUUAUGGAAGUGGGCGCAGCUGUCAGUGUAUUAAAAUGAACCUUAAUGCUAGAUGCUCUGAUGUGAUAUCCAAAGUUGCAGACACUUCGACCAUACCAACCUAUUUCCCAGAGAAAAAGGAGGACAAAUCAGUUCGAACUGACGACAAUAACAAGAAAGAAGCACUGGGUGAGCUUGAUGUGGAAGUUAUGGAAUUUGUCACCCAAACGGCUGCUAUUGCUAAAGAAAAACGAGAAAAAAGUCCAGCAACAACAAAGAGUAGUCUCCCACCACGACCACCAACAAGAAGAGGCAGGCAUGGAACUGGUUCAGGCUCACUUGUAGAGGCUGGUUUCAGAUAUCCACAGCCCUUGUAUAGAGUUAGACUACGGCAUAUAGCUUUACCAGGCAAAGAUCUACCUCAGAGUUUAACCCUGUCUCAGCUGUUACAUGUUCUGUCAGAUUAUGCACUGCUUCCCUCUACUCUUGCUUUACAGUUUGUCAUAAGGUUAAGAACAGCUGGAAGUAACUCAAUGAAAGAGAGCAUUGAUGAAGCAAUAGCAUCUGAUGAGUCUCUGUUAUCAUCACCCCCAUUUCCUUCUGCAUUGAAGGUGUUUGCAAGUGUUGGAGGCCUGGCAUUGUUAGCCCAGCAUCUGCCACUUCUGUUCCCUGAGAUCUCUAGACAGAGCAGCAAUGUUGAAGUUGUCACAGACAACAACAACAUUGGUGACCUAGGCCAUGACUGGGUGACUGUGGAGUCAUCUGAUGAGCUCUAUGAUCCUUAUCUAGAGCCCAUCACACCACCCCACACAUCCAAGCCCAAUAAACAUUCUGUUGUGGGGACAGUGCCUUCUAUACCACCCCACUCUCUGAUAGCAUUUGGCUUGUUCCUAAGACUUCCAGGAUAUGCUGAAGUGCUGCUGAAAGAGAGAAAAGUUGCUCAGUGCCUGCUGCGGCUGGUCCUUGGAGUCACUGAUGAUGGAGAUGGAGGUCAAAUUCUAACGUCCCCAAUAGCCAGUUCACUACCCACGAUGCCAUUCACUGUCCUAAAAUCUUUGUUUGAUACUUCACCCUUGACGACAGAUGAUGGGGUUUUGUUGCGGCGGAUGGCUUUAGAAAUUGGGGUUAUCCACCUUGUGUUAGCUUGUCUUGCUACACUUAGCCAUCACAAACCACGAGCCCCACUUUCUAGUUUUCAGCACGAGACACAAUUGAUAUUGUCAGCAAUGCAGUCAUCAACAGCAAUGGCAUCACUCAGCCAACCAGAAGAGAAAACUCAGCAGCACUAUUGGGCUAAAGGAACAGGUUUUGGAACUGGUUCCACCACAUCCAGCUGGGAUGCUGAACAAGCUAUGCUGAGACAAAAGGGAGAAGAAGAACAUGUUGCCUGCUUGUUGCAAGUGUUGGCCAGCUAUAUGAACCCCAAUGGCAGCUUAGACUCAAAACCACCAGAUGCUGAAUCCACCUAUGACUCUGAUUCAUCAUCACCUUCAUUGUCGCAGUCUGAGGCAAACCCAAGUCUUAUACCUGACUCACUUGCAGACCUUCUUUCACAGUCCUGUUUAGUGCCUGCAUUAUCAUCCUACUUACGUAAUGACUCUGUGCUCGAUAUGGCUCGUCAUGUGCCACUUUAUCGUGCACUUUUACAGUUGCUCAGAGGCAUCACAGUGUGCCCUAGCCUAGUACCCAUCCUGUUGCCCAUGGAAGAGGAUAAAGUUAAGAGUGGCAGUAGCAGUGGAGAAUCACAGGCAUCAAUUGAAACUCUCCUUGAGAAAAUGAAAGGCUGUGUUGAUACAUACGCAAGCAGACUCAAGUCCAAUAAAGGAAAAUCAGGUAAUAAAAUAGAGGAUGAAGAAAGUGAAGGACUUGCAUUACUUAUACCAGAUAUACAAGAAACUGCUAGGCUGGUGCACAUUGCAACCAAAAAAUUAAAAGAAAUUAGUGAAAAAUCUGAACAUUCAUCUCAAGAUGAGAGGGAGAGUCAUAGCAAUAAACCACAGAAAACAUUGGAAGACCAGUACAUUGCUGCCAUGAAAGACUUGCAGUUUGACACAUAUGAAAUGGUUACUGAGGAGGGAAAAAACUUGAAAUUCCAUGUUUCGCACCACUAUGAAUCUAAUGUUAAAGCCACAGGUACAGUGACCAACGUGUCCAGAACAAGAAGGUUGGCUCAAGAAGCUGUAACUUUGUCCACAUCUCUGCCCCUUGCUUUUAGCUCCAGUGUUUUUGUAAGGUGUGAUGAGGAGCGACUAGAUGUCAUGAAGGUUUUGAUCACUGGACCAUCAGACACACCAUAUGCUAAUGGAUGUUUUGAGUUUGAUGUAUUCUUCCCUCAAGACUACCCUAAUACUCCACCAUUUAUCAACAUGGAGACAACUGGCAAUCACUCUGUCAGAUUCAAUCCUAACCUGUAUAAUGAUGGAAAGGUAUGUCUGAGUGUGUUGAACACUUGGCAUGGACGUCCAGAGGAAAAAUGGAAUGCUCAAACAUCUAGUUUUCUCCAGGUCCUGGUUUCUAUCCAGUCCCUGAUUCUAGUAAGUGAACCCUACUUCAACGAACCAGGCUACGAGAGGUCACGAGGAACUCCAUCUGGGGCUGCCAGUUCACACGAGUAUGAUGCUAACAUAAGACAGGCAACUGUGAAAUGGGCAAUGCUUGAACAACUGAAAAACCCAUCUCCUUGCUUUAAGGAGAUUAUUCAGACACACUUCUGGUUGAAAAGACAUGAGAUUCUUUUACAGUGUGAGAAGUGGAUUACAGAAAUGGAAUGUUAUAGUAAUGAUAAACGUACUGGCAGAUCAAUAGCUCAAAGUACACUAGCUCUAAAGCGGCAUUACAAUCAGUUAAGAGAAGAACUAUCUAAAUUAAAACCCCCAUCAAAUUUAGAACUGGAAGAAGAAUCAGAAACAAAUAAAAUUGACCCUGAAGCAAAGCACUAUGUGACAAGCUCACCAGACCAAGCUGUUGGAGACAGUGAAGCUGCACCAACCCUGGCUGAUGACAUCAACUUUGCUCUUGCUAAUGCUCAUGGUAUCUACCUGUCACCAAUGGAUCCUUUCUCCAUAUUCUCACCAACUGCUCAGCAGAUGAGUCAGUUACCUCAAAUGCCACUUUUAGAUGAUGUCAUGAACAACACACAGACAGACCCUGAUUGUUAGAUAUUGCUAGAUUUUAUUUCUUGACAAAAUUUAAAUUAUCGGCUAUGGAAGCCUGUUUUGAGUACUGUAGUAGUCUUUAUAAAUAUUUAUAUGGAAUUAAGAAAUUAAUAUGACUCUUCUACUUUACAUUUUCAUCACUUUUGGUUCAGAAUGGAAUUUAAUAAUUCUAGUCAAUCUCUAAUGAUCAUGGCUUUAUACACUUUAAAAUGCCACACACAUAUAUCUAUUUUUAAUGAUGCAGCUUCAUGUGUAAGGGUAGACAUUGCAUUGAAUGAUGUUCACCUUGUAAUACUAAAAUUAGAAGGGGGGAAAAAAUCAUUCUAGUAUUGCAUCAUUUUAUUUUCUGGUUAUUUUUUUGUAGUAUCUGUUAUUGGCAUUUUUUUUUUUCACAUGGUAAAACAAAACUUGCAAUACCAUGUAUAUUAUUUUUAAAACUAGUUUUUUGAAGUGAUUAAAAUAACUUAAACUUGAUUGAAUAGAUUCAUAGUUUUAAUUUCCUUAAAAUGAUCUGAUGGGCCUCUUAAUUAUAUAGUUUUCACAAGUAUUACAAGAAAAAAGCAUGUAUGCAUGUAGAAUAUAAUACAUUAAUAAUGGUUUGUGGUAUUUUAAUUUUCUUUUUAUAAACUAAAUCGAUGCAUAAACCCCUAGUAUUGGCUGUUAGAAACUAAUAUGUCAUUUCUUUGACAUUAAAGGUUCAUGUAUGAACUAGCUCAUAUUUCUCCAUAUUUUUAUUUUCCUUUCUUGCUUGCAUCUGUUUAAGAACUGAAGAAUAAGAUAACAGAUGCAAAUUAUAUAUUUAACCGGUAC